AACAAUUCUUCAGCGACGACAAAAGAUAACUCAAACGACGUCGUGAGGCUUCUCUCAUUUCAGUCAGAAAACUCUCAAGGUCAAGCCGACAAGCCCCAUCUUUCUCUUUCGACCUCUACUGCCGACGGCUGCAACGCCGGUAGCCGUCGCCGUCGCUGUAAUCAGACAAAGAUCUAGUACAAAUCGAACCAGAGAAUACACUGUCAAGGAUAAAGAGAUGGCAAUGAAUAAUAGUAUCAGAUCAUUGAGAAGUAUUAUCAUCAUUCAGGAGGAAGUGAAGGUGGGUAUCAGAACAUUUGCUGUUGGGGGUGGUAAAGCAAAGAAGUGUUCCAAGGGGGGUGGGGCAGCUGAUGCACCAAAGUCGUCGACUCUAAGCAAGGAAGUAAAAUCCACGACAGUGGUUGGUGCCAAUAUCCUCAAAGAUGGAGCAGACCCCAAAAUUUUUCCAGUUUCUGAAUACCCUGAUUGGCUGUGGCACCUGGUGGAUAAACGCUCUGCAUUGAGUGAGCUAAGACGGAAAAACAUAGAAACUCUCCCUUACACAGAUCUCAGACGUUUUGUUAAGCUGGACAACCGAGCAAGGAUCAAAGAAAACAACUCUGUUAAAGCAAAGAAUUGAUCAAGAGUUUGUAGGAGUCAUUUUUUACUUUGUAGACUCUUGACGUUUGUGUCAAUUUGUACUUGCAUGCUUACAACUGGUGUAGGGGAAUUGUAGAGAAAACAAACACGAUUUAGCAUAUCUUUAUUGUUCCAAAAACUCUCUCCCUCGUAUUUUGAUAGAACUUCUGAUUCUGCUCAGAAACGUUGGGAAAUAAAACGUUUGAUUAA